UGCUGCACUCCGGCGCUACUGCAGAGGGAGCUGUCCAGCCAGGUUGCUCCGCCGCAGACGGAGCCCCGCUCCCUCUUGCUGCUGCCGCCGCCGCUGCUGGGCCCGCCCGCCGAGGAGGGGCUCUCGGCCCGCGCCGACAGCUGCUUCCUGCUUCCAGCACGGCCGCGCCGCCGAGCAGCUCGUGCCCAGCCCCGGCCGCCCGCUCAGCUCCGCGCCCGCCGCCGCCGCUCCCCGCGCCCAGCCCGGCCCGCUCGCGUCUGCCCCGGGAACCCGCGCCCCGCACGGUCCGCCCCUGGCCAUGCUGUCCUUCCAGUACCCCGACGUGUACCGCGACGAGAGCUCCGUACAGGAUUACCAUGGGCAUAAGAUCCCUGACCCUUACGCAUGGCUCGAAGACCCUGACAGUGAGCAGACAAAGGCUUUUGUGGAGGCCCAGAACAAGAUCACGGUGCCAUUCCUUGAGCAGUGUCCUAUCCGAGGCCUUUACAAAGAGAGAAUGACUGAGCUCUAUGACUACCCCAAGUACAGUUGCCAUUUCAAGAAAGGAAAGCGGUAUUUCUAUUUUUACAACACAGGGUUGCAGAACCAGCGAGUAUUAUACGUACAGGAUUCCUUAGAGGGGGAAGCCCGAGUGUUCCUGGACCCCAACACGCUCUCUGAUGAUGGCACGGUGGCGCUGCGAGGCUAUGCCUUCAGCGAAGAUGGUGAAUAUUUUGCCUAUGGUCUAAGUUCCAGUGGCUCUGAUUGGGUGACUAUCAAGUUCAUGAAAGUUGAUGGUGCCAAAGAGCUUCCAGAUGUGCUUGAAAGAGUCAAGUUCAGCUGUAUGGCCUGGACCCAUGAUGGGAAGGGAAUGUUCUACAACUCCUAUCCCCAACAGGAUGGAAAAAGUGAUGGCACAGAGACAUCUACAAAUCUCCACCAAAAGCUCUACUACCAUGUCCUGGGGACUGAUCAGUCAGAAGAUAUUUUGUGUGCCGAGUUUCCUGACGAACCUAAGUGGAUGGGUGGAGCCGAGUUAUCUGAUGAUGGUCGCUAUGUCUUGUUAUCAAUACGAGAGGGAUGUGAUCCAGUAAACCGACUCUGGUACUGUGACCUACAGCAGGAAUCCAAUGGCAUUACUGGAAUCCUGAAGUGGGUUAAACUGAUCGACAACUUUGAAGGAGAAUAUGACUAUGUGACCAACGAGGGGACGGUGUUCACCUUCAAGACCAAUCUCCACUCUCCCAACUAUCGCCUCAUCAACAUCGACUUCACGGACCCUGAGGAGUCCAAGUGGAAAGUGCUCGUUCCUGAGCACGAGAAAGAUGUCUUGGAAUGGGUGGCGUGUGUCAGGUCCAACUUUCUGGUGCUGUGCUACCUCCACGAUGUGAAGAACACGCUGCAGCUGCAUGACCUGGCCACCGGCACGCUCCUCAAGUCCUUCCCGCUCGAGGUGGGCAGCAUUGUGGGCUACAGUGGGCAGAAGAAGGACACUGAGAUCUUCUACCAGUUCACGUCCUUCUUAUCUCCAGGUAUCAUUUAUCACUGUGAUCUUACCAAAGAGGAACUGGAGCCAAGAGUCUUCCGAGAAGUGACUGUAAAAGGGAUCGAUGCUUCUGAUUACCAGACAGUCCAGAUUUUCUAUACUAGCAAGGAUGGUACCAAGAUUCCCAUGUUCAUUGUGCAUAAAAAGGGCAUAAAAUUGGAUGGCUCUCACCCUGCUUUUCUCUACGGCUACGGGGGCUUCAACAUUUCCAUCACUCCCAACUACAGUGUGUCCAGGCUGAUUUUCGUGAGACACUUGGGGGGCGUCCUUGCAGUGGCCAACAUCAGAGGUGGCGGCGAGUAUGGGGAGACGUGGCACAAAGGUGGGAUCUUGGCCAAUAAACAAAACUGCUUUGAUGACUUCCAGCGAGCUGCUGAGUAUCUUAUCAAGGAAGGCUACACCUCUCCCAAGAGGCUGACUAUUAACGGAGGUUCCAACGGAGGCCUCUUAGUGGCCGCUUGUGCAAAUCAGCGUCCUGACCUCUUUGGUUGUGUUAUCGCUCAAGUCGGAGUAAUGGACAUGUUGAAGUUCCAUAAAUACACCAUCGGCCACGCCUGGACCACCGACUACGGGUGCUCAGACAGCAAACAACACUUUGAAUGGCUGAUCAAGUAUUCACCCCUGCAUAACGUGAAGCUACCGGACGCAGAGGACGUCCAGUACCCAUCCAUGCUGCUCCUCACAGCCGACCAUGACGACCGCGUGGUCCCCCUUCACUCCCUGAAGUUCAUCGCCACCCUUCAGUACAUCGUGGGGCGCAGCCGGAAGCAAAGCAACCCCCUGCUGAUCCACGUGGACACCAAGGCGGGCCACGGGGCCGGGAAGCCCACAGCCAAAGUCAUAGAGGAAGUGUCCGAUAUGUUUGCGUUCAUAGCUCGGUGCCUGAACAUCGACUGGAUUCCAUAAAAGGGAUUUUCCCCCGCUGCCCCCUAUCACAGCCGCAGAAAACCUCAAGGGCUUUCACACCGUUAAAACCAAGAAACCAACCGGGUUUAAGGUGAACUGGUUCCCCCACCCACCCACGUGAACACUAUUCCUGCACUCCGUGGACCGCAGGGGACCAGAACUGCCACCAGAAUUUUCUCUUUUCUAGGCUUCUUUUUAGUGAGACCUUGGUGUUUUCUCUUUCUCCACCCCAGGCAGUCACAUGUUUAAAUAAAGGCAUGUUCGGAUAAAUAGCUAAAUGGCAGCCAGUACCUUGUGAAUAUUAUUAGAUUGCUGAAUUAAGAGUCCUAGUCAGGCAUACUCCGUAUCUAGCACUUUGGUGAAACUUGCUCCUAUAAUCAUAACCAGUAUAUCUUUCAAUGAACCUGAAAGUUGUCCCAUGAAAGACUUCUUUGCAACAAUAAUAAAUGCUAUUUAAGAAUGG